AAGCUGAUCAAACCCCAUCUAUCUAUUUAUCUAUAAACCUGUUGUCUAAUUCUCAUUAUUCAUGCAUGCACGUAUCUAGCUAUAUAUCAAUAUCAAACUCAACAUUUUUCUAUUUCUCUGAUAGUGUUUUCUAUUAAUUGAUCAGUCUCUUUGUGCAGUACGUACUUCCAUUGCUAUAUUAAUUCAAUCUGAUUGUGUUAUAUAACUACUUAAGAAUUAUGGCUGAGGAGAAAACACCAGUUCAGCUGAAGUCUCUUGAGGAUUUUGAUUCUCAAAAGAAACCCGAAUCGAACAAGUUUGCUUUCGCCUGUGCUAUAUUGGCUUCCAUGACUUCCAUUUUACUUGGUUAUGAUAUUGGGGUGAUGAGUGGAGCAGUGAUAUACAUAAAAAGAGACCUCAAACUAUCUAAUGUCCAAAUUGAAAUCCUAGUAGGCAUCAUCAACCUUUUCUCCUUAAUAGGUUCCUGCCUCGCCGGCCGAACCUCUGACUGGAUUGGUCGCCGUUACACCAUCGUCCUUGCUGGCUCCAUCUUCUUCGCAGGCGCACUCCUCAUGGGAUUCUCUCCCAACUUUGCCUUUCUCAUGUUUGCUCGUUUCAUUGCUGGUAUCGGUAUCGGCUACGCUCUCAUGAUCGCCCCGGUCUACACCGCCGAAGUCUCCCCUGCUUCCUCUCGCGGCUUCCUCACCUCCUUCCCCGAGGUAUUCAUCAACGGAGGGAUAUUACUUGGAUACAUUUCAAACUAUGGAUUUUCUAAGCUUUCACUUAGAUUAGGAUGGAGAGUGAUGCUAGGAAUAGGAGCAAUUCCUUCAGUAAUCUUAGCCGUUGGAGUAUUAGCCAUGCCUGAGUCACCUCGUUGGCUUGUGAUGAAAGGAAGACUCGGUGACGCUAUAAUAGUACUCAACAAAACCUCUAACUCAGAACAAGAGGCUCAGCUUCGACUCAGUGAAAUCAAAGCCGCGGCUGGAAUUCCCGAAAAUUGCACGGACGACGUCGUUUCAGUAAAGAAAACCAACGAGAGAGAGGGUAAUACUGUGUGGAAAGAGUUGUUUAUUUAUCCUACACCCGCGGUGCGUCACAUUGUUAUUGCUGCUCUUGGUAUUCACUUUUUUCAACAAGCUUCUGGUAUAGACGCUGUCGUUUUGUAUAGUCCUACGAUUUUUCGUAAAGCUGGGUUAGAAUCUGAUACGGAACAGUUACUUGCAACUGUAGCCGUUGGAUUGGCGAAAACCGUUUUCAUUUUGGUAGCUACUUUUUUGUUGGACCGGGUCGGGCGAAGACCGUUAUUGUUAUCUAGUGUUGGUGGAAUGGUGAUUUCGUUGUUAACUCUAGCGGUGAGUUUAACGGUUGUUGAUCAUUCGCGCGUGAGACAAAUGUGGGCCGUUGGAUUGAGCAUUGCAUCUGUUUUGUCUUACGUGGCAACUUUUUCAAUUGGCGCGGGUCCCAUUACUUGGGUUUAUAGUUCUGAGAUUUUUCCGUUGAGGCUACGCGCUCAAGGUGCGUCUGCGGGGGUGGUGGUGAAUAGGGUGACAAGUGGGAUAAUUUCAAUGACGUUUUUGUCCUUGUCUGAUAAGAUAAGUAUUGGAGGGGCAUUCUUUCUGUUCGGUGGAAUUGCAGCUUGUGGAUGGAUCUUUUUCUAUACAUUGCUUCCUGAAACACAGGGUAAGACCCUUGAAGAAAUGGAAGGGACUUUUGGGAAAUUCGGAGGGAAGUCAAAUAAUAAGGGUGCAAACAAUAAUAAUGGGGAGAUCCAAUUUGCCAAUUAGGGGCCAAUAAUAAAUAAUUAUGCUCAAUUCAUAAUACCUGAGGUUGAGUUGAGGCAAUGUAGUAGUAGGGUUUAUUUGCAUGUAUUUGUAUUAUUAUUAUUAAGAUAUUUUUUUUUUUGUCAAGUAGCCUAGUGGACAGUGGUAGAGCUCACACAAUUAUAUUGUGGAGAAGUGAGGUGUCCGAGGUUUGAACUCCGACCCCUGCAUAUAAUAUGCAAUAUCCCUACCAAUUAAGCUGAGCUUACGGGAAUAUUAAGUGUGAUAAUUUAUGUUUUGAAUGCAGCUGUGACAAUUUAUUGGAUCA